ACCACAGGGCGAGCGUGCAGCUCAUUGUGCGCUUGCAUCCGUGUUCGUGCGCCUAGCUGCGAGCGCAGCGUCUCCGCGAUCACUCACGCCGCCAUGAACGCACUCUACAGCUCUAUCCUCCUGAACCAGAUGCUCUUCCACCUGGUCCCAGUGUGCGAGGGAUCGAUGCCGACGCUGAUCGGUAAAACUGGGGAGUCGGUUACUCUGCCCUGCCGCUAUGACAUCAUAGCUAACGGGCCCACGGAAAUGUGCUGGGGGAGAGGCGAGGUUCCCACGUCCAAAUGCAGCAACACAAUCGUUUCCACCGACGGAGAAAAAGUGACCUUCAGCGAAUCGGACAGAUACCGGUUACAGAGCGGGGUUCAGGAGGGAAACGUGUCGCUGACCAUCAUCAACGUGACGGAGAACGACUCCGGGAUCUACGGGUGCAGGGUGGAGAUUUCAGGCUUGUUCAACGACCUGAAACUCAACUUUAAUUUGACUAUUCUAAAAGGAAAUCAAGGGACAAUUCAGUUUACAACCACUGAGAAUGCUCCUGACAGGACAACAGCAGGGAUCGGGAGCUCUGCCUCAGCUCACUCCACCGAGUCUCCACAGCGGAGAGCGGAUCAGUCCAGCCAAACUCAGCGGCCCGCAGGCGAUUCAUAUCAGACAGUUCCACAGAGCCAAGAGGUGAGCACCAGGUUCAGGUUCAGGUUCAGGUGA